GUAACAGCUUCCUGUUUGUCUGCAGCAAAGCAACAAGAAGAGGAAAAGUGACUUCAUCCCCUACAGAGACUCUGUUCUCACCUGGCUGCUGAAGGAGAAUCUGGGAGGAAACUCCCGGACGGCCAUGAUCGCUGCUUUAAGUCCUGCUGACAUCAACUACGAGGAAACACUGAGCACCCUGAGGUACGCCGACCGGGCCAAGCAGAUCCGCUGCAACGCCAUCAUCAACGAGGAUCCCAACGCCAAGCUGAUCCGGGAGCUGAAGGCCGAAGUGGGCCGGCUGAGGAGCCUGCUGUUCUCCCAGGGCCUGCAGGAGCUGCUGCAGAACACCGGUACCGGACCCGACCGGACCGGACCGGCACCACAUGACAACAUGGAAACAUUCUCAUUAAUUCACCUGAUAUAAAACAUCAUAAACUCAGCGGCUCCAUUAACAUCCAUCCAAAUUUAAAGCUUUGUUUUAUUUAAAAGCCAUAAAUCACCAGCCGAUCUGGAAACAUGGGUUUGGAAAAGUAAUCUAGGAUUCCAUGAAAGCUGGUGGGASAAAGCUGGUUUCCAUGGUAACAGCCUUGCUCAGACAGGAAGUGACCCGGUUUGUCCACUAGUUGCAGGUUGGCCUCAUGUUGUCAUCAGCGUCUCUAGGAACCAGUUAAUGGUUUGAUCUGGCAUCCAGCCAUAACUGAUCACCUACAGCACAUGUGUCAAACUCA